AAAAAGGCAAAGCUCCUUCCUUCUCCUCUGUCUCCUCCUCUCUAGAGAGAGAAACAGAAAAAAGGAGGAGACUAGGGCUCUGCUCCUCCCCCUGCGCCGGUUGGUCGGAGCUCUGCCUCCUCCUGAUUCUGCUGUCCCCUCCCCUCCCCGAUCCACCUCCUCCUCCAUCUCCUUCUCCUCCCGCCGAUCCGAUGCGUCAUCACUAGCCUCCCCUCCCGCGCUUCCACCAACCACUGCCCCUCCACCCUCACCUCGUGGUUUGGUAAUUUGGUUGGCCGCUUGUCCCCUUCCAUCCACCGAUCCACCUUCCCGUUGCUGCGGGGAUGGCCGUCGUCGAGACCUCCGCCGACCACGCCGCGCCUCCGCCGCCCGAGGGGGACGCCGGGGAGAGGGAGAUGCGGGAUCUGGAGGACCUGCUCUCCAAGCUCAACCCCAUGGCCGAGGAGUUCGUCCCGCCUUCCCUCGCCGCCGCCUCCCCCACCGCCUACGCCUACUACCCCACCCCCACCCCCUCCCACGUCUUCCCCGCCGUCGAUGGCCUCGCCGGACCCCGACCCAGGAAGAAGGGCGGAGGAGGAGGUGGAGGAGGAGGGUUCGGUGGCCAGGGCCACGCCGGGAAGCGCCGGAUGAACAGCCGCACCAGCAUGGCGCAGCGCGACGAGGUCAUCCGCCGCACCGUCUACGUCUCCGACAUCGAUCACCAGGUCACUGAAGAGCAAUUGGCAGCACUAUUUAUCAACUGUGGACAGGUUGUGGACUGUCGUAUGUGUGGGGAUCCGAAUUCUGUUCUUCGUUUUGCUUUCAUAGAGUUCACUGAUGAGGAGAGUGCAAGGGCUGCUCUAAAUUUGUCGGGAACCGUGCUUGGAUAUUAUCCUGUCAGGGUGCUGCCAUCAAAAACUGCGAUUGCACCUGUUAACCCAACAUUUCUGCCCAGGUCCGAUGAUGAGCGUGAGAUGUGUGCAAGGACUAUUUACUGCACAAACAUUGACAAGAAGGUCUCUCAGGCAGAUGUGAAAUUGUUCUUCGAGUCGAUAUGUGGAGAGGUAUAUCGGCUGAGGUUGCUUGGUGACUACCAUCAUUCUACUCGCAUUGCCUUUGUGGAGUUUGUGAUGGCUGAAAGUGCCACUGCUGCUCUCAACUGCAGUGGUGUCAUACUGGGUUCCUUGCCAAUAAGGGUGAGCCCCUCAAAGACUCCCGUGCGUCCCCGUGCACCUCGCCAGCUGAUGCACUAGGUGUUGUAGGUACAGGAGGUGCUGAUGGCACUGCUUAUAUAUAGAGAUAGACAUAUAUGAAAGAGAAGUUACGAUAUAUGUCUUUUGUUUUAUCUGCUCGGCCUUCUUUUUACUGUACCGUUAGUAAGUAUCUACACUUGCAACGGAGGGGGGAAACCGUUACCGGGUUUGGUCUUUUUCUUUUUUACCUUGCACAUAGCGCUUCUUAGAAGCGGGCCUGACGCUUUUGUCCUUGAUGCAGCAAGGCAAAACUCCUGGACUUUUGUCGCUGUUCAGUUGUUUGCUGUGUCUUGUUUGCUACUGAGAACCUGAUGAACUCGUUACCUGAAAAUGGAGACUUAUCGUUAUGCUGUACAUUUGCCA